GGUAAUGACGUCACCGAGCUGGAGCUCACAGACGCACAGAGCGGAAAUCAUAACUGUAUUCCACAAGCCGGCCGCCGAGAUACCAUAUUGACGAUUAAAGUUAGACAGGAGCUGUCCUGUGCAGCUGCCUCACAGUCUAUUUGCCUGGUUUGUGUGAAAUCCAUCCUGGAGGGUCAGAGGAGAACUAACGGGACGAAGAAGACGCGUUCAGCCCACAUACUGCCCGCUCCUGUCCACAAACUCAACAGCCAUGGGAGCUGUUCUGGGGGCCUUUUCCACCGCAAGCUGGGCACCAUGCCUGUGCAGCAGCGCAACUUGUCUGAUGUGCAGUUGCUGUCCAAGCACCAGGAACUCCACAGUCACCAGGAUCAUCUAUGCCUUCAUCUUACUGCUGUGGACCAUCGUCGCCUGCAUCAUGCUGUCACCAGGUGUUGAUCAACAGCUAAAAAGGAUCCCAGGCUUCUGUGAAGACGGAGCUGGCUUCUCUAUCCCCGGCCUGCAGGCUGAUGUCAACUGUGAAAUGUUUGUGGGAUACAAGGCAGUGUACCGCAUCUGCUUUGGCAUGAGUAUGUGGUUCCUGGGUUGCUCCAUUUUGAUGAUUAAUAUCAAGACCAGCAGAGACCCUCGUGCUGCCAUUCACAAUGGAUUUUGGUUAUUUAAGUUUGCAGCCUUGGUGGCAGUGACAGUUGGUGCCUUUUACAUCCCAGAUGGGCCCUUUACUUACAUGUGGUUUAUCGUGGGCUCCGGUGGAGCUUUCUUUUUCAUUCUGAUCCAGCUGGUGCUGCUGGUGGACUUUGCCCAUUCUUGGAAUGAGUCCUGGGUGGAAAAGAUGGAAACUGGCAACCCCAAGGGCUGGUAUGCAGCUUUGCUUGGGGUUACAGUCCUCAACUACAUCCUUUCAUUUAUUGCUGUCGUGCUCUUCUUCGUCUUUUACACCAAGCCCGAUGGAUGCUUUAUCAACAAGUUCUUCAUAAGCUUCAACAUGUUGUUCUGCUUGGUGGCCUCUCUUGUGUCUGUGUGGCAUAAAGUGCAGGAGUCUCAGCCACGUUCAGGUCUUCUACAGUCCUCCAUCAUCACCUUGUACACCAUGUUUCUGACUUGGUCUGCCAUGAGCAAUGAGCCUGACCGAGCAUGUAAUCCCAGCCUACUGAGUAUCUUCCAGCAGAUCACAUCCCCCACUCUGGCCCCUCUGGAGAUAGAGAACCAGACAGCUGUAGUGAUCAUCGGCACAGAGGAACCUGUCCUGACAUCCCCCUACCUGCAGUGGUGGGAUGCCCAGAGCAUCGUAGGGCUCGCUAUAUUUGUCCUGUGCAUCCUCUAUUCAAGCAUUCGUUCAUCCAACAACUGCCAGGUGAACAAGCUGACCAUGGCUUCCAAAGACUCAGCCAUCCUGGCUGAGAGCGGCAGCAGCACCAACCUGUCAGAGGAGUCAAAAGGACCCAGGCGAGUGCAGGACAAUGAGCAGGACAUGGUCCAGUACAGCUACUCCUUCUUUCACUUCAUGCUAUUCCUGGCCUCUCUCUACAUAAUGAUGACCCUCACCAACUGGUACAGCCCGGAUGCAGACUACACUAUAACCAGCAAAUGGCCUGCAGUGUGGGUAAAGAUUACCUCCAGCUGGGUGUGUUUGGCCAUGUACAUCUGGACCCUGGUGGCCCCUAUGAUCCUCACCAACCGAGACUUCAGCUGAUCAGGAACUCCAUCUCUGAUUCCACUUCAUGCACCAUUUAUUUUUACAUUAACCACAUUGCCUACUGUCAGAAUGUACUUAGAAUUCACACGUUUCCGUAACUGGUUUUAAUGAAAUUAAAAUGGGGUUCGGUUCAGCCAUAACAGCUGCUUCAAGUAUUUACUGUAGUGAUUUUGUACCAGUCAGUAGAAGCUGCUCAUUAAUUGGGUAUCCAAGGAUAACAACAUAUUUUAUAUCGACGCACAAAAACAUUUUAUUUGUUGUUUGUGUAAAUGUAUGUGAAUUUACAUACAUUUACACAUACAUUUAGUCACAUACAUUUUAAUUUGUAUGUGCUCUAAACAAUCUCAAUGUAGAUAUUCGGACAACAGAACAUUUUUUUUAAAUUUUUUACAUUGCUUAAAAAUAUUAAUGUUCUAAGAAUUUAAGUAUUAACUAGAACUGCAAGCAGUUAUGAACAAGGGGCCAAGCCCCCCCAUGCGACUCGGACCCUGCGCACUGCAGAGCCCACGGAAGUUUGCCCCAAAGGAUGAUGUGCUCGGGGCAAAAGUGAGGACACAGACCAACGUCUGAGCCGUGGUAUUGGCUGUAAUGGGAAGUGCACUGGAAGCACAAAAGGCUGAAUGUGUGGCAAUUUGGAUUUGUUGUCCUAAAUCAUGCCCACUUUGACCAAUCGUUACUUAAAUUGCCUCAGGAGUGACCCCACAUCAGUACUGUUUCAUUACAUUUCUAUUAUUGCAACAAAAAAUAAGAGUGACAAGGAAAAAUGCAUUUAUGUUGGUUAGUGUGUGGUGACUUAACAAAGGAAAAGUGCAGCAGAAGUGGGCGG